UCCUUCUCUCUAGGGCUGCUUUUGACAGUCAGCCCUUCUCAGCCCAUCGAGGGGGACUCCAUGAGCCUGGCCUGUAGGACCCCACACCCUCUGCAGAAGGUAGGAGUCCAGUUCUGCUUCUUCAAGGAUGGCUCCGCCCUGGGGCUGCGCUGGACCCACUCCCCGGAGCUGCGGAUCCCUGCCCUGACGAGGAAGGACUCAGGGUCCUACUGGUGUGAAGCUCGGACCGCGGCACCUCAAGUCGUGCGGAGCAAGAGACUCCAGAUCAACGUGCGGAGAAUCCCCGUCCACAAUGUGAGCUUGGAGACACAGCCGCCAGGGGGCCGUGUGAUGGAGGGAGAGAAGCUGGUUCUCGUCUGCCUGGCCACUGCGGGCACCGGAGACAUCACCUUCCGCUGGUACAGAGGGGCCCUGGGUUCCAACCUGGGAGAAAAGACCCAGCGCUCCCUGACCGCGGAGUUUGAGAUCCCAGCGGUGAGGGAAGGCGACGUGGAGACCUAUUACUGUGCGGCGGACAAUGGCCACGGCCCCAGCCUCAGUGGGCUCGUGAGCAUCACUGUCAGAGUUCCAGUGUCUCAGCCUGUCCUCACCCUCAAGGCCCCGGGGGCCGAGAAGGCGGUGGGGGAGGUGGUGGAGCUGCACUGCGAAGCCGGGAGAGGCUCUCCUCCAGUCCUGUACCAGUUCUACCACGAGGAUGUCCCUCUGGGGAACCGCUCGGCCCCCUUCGGAGGAGGAGCAGCCUUCAACCUCUCUCUGACCACAGAACAUUCUGGGAACUAUUCCUGCGAGGCCGACAACGGCCGGGGAGCCCAGCGCAGUGAGGUGGUGCCACUCUACGUCACAGUGCCUGUGGAGGACGGAGAAAAUCUUACUUCAACCGUCCUUGAGGGACUGCUCGGCAGCCUUGGUCUCACCACUGUGGCCCUAUUAUUUUGCUGUUGGCUCAAGAGAAGAGCAGGAAGACGCUCAGCCAGGGAUCCACCCAGGAGCCCUCCCAGCCCUGUACCCCGAGAAUCCACAUACCUGAACUCAACAGCGCCAGUGCAACAGCAGCCUAUCUAUGAAAAUGUGAAUGUUGUAAGUGGAGGCGAGGUGUAUUCCCUGGUGUACUAUAUGCAACAGGAGCGGCAAUCACCAGCAGUACCAUCCCUGAGGACACAGGUGCAGGGUCAGGUGAGUUGGAAUUCCUGUUGUUCUUCCCAGCUCUUUCUUCUGGGGUCUGGUUCUCAUACUUCUAAAAGGAUGGCCCCUAAGGAAAAAUGA